UGGGUGGAGCUUCCUGAUCGCUUCCGCAUGAUUGGUUUUGGACUUUGCCAUUCAAAUUACAGUACAUCUCGAUAUCUUGAAGACCUGAAGUGUUUCUUUUUUUCAUGUUAUGACAGCUCGCAUCGUGCAAGUGUGCACGCGCUUAAAUGAGGUCGAGUCUCUCGGGCUCGGCAAAACAAGAAGGACUUGGUGUGUGUAUCGCUGAAUGCAGAAGACUGUGGUCAUCCUGGGAGGGGGCAUCGGUGGUCUUUCCACCUGCUUCCACCUUAGGAAAAGCCCCCAGGUUUCCAAGGUAGUGUUGUUGGAAGCAUCAGAUCGUUUUGGUGGAUGGCUGAGCUCCACCCGCAGGGAAGAUGGCACUGUAUUUGAGCAUGGGCCAAGGGGAGUGCGGCCUGUGGGAGCAGCAGGCUGGAACACACUUAACAUGGUGGCCGAGUUGGGCUUGGAGAGCGAGGUCCUCCCUGUUCCUUAUGACCACGUGGCCUCCAAGAAUCGCUUCCUUUUCUUUAAGGGGAAGCUGCACAAAAUGCCCUCUGGCUUAGGUGGUGUUUUUCGGACCGUCCCCCCAUUUUCCCGUCCGCUGCUGCAGAGCGUUCUCAAGGAGAUCAUGGUGAAAAGGGGGAAGGCUGAGGACGAGACAGUGCAUGCGUUUGUGGAGAGGAGGCUGGGAGCCGAGCUGGCUGACAUUGCCAUAGAUUGCCUGUGCCGGGGUGUGUUUGCCGGCGACUGUCGGCAACUGAGCAUGCGGUCGUGCUUCCCCCCGCUCUUCAAUGCAGAGAGGGCCAGGGGCUCCAUCGUCUUGGGAAUGGUGUUGGGGACAGGGAGCCGCCUUCACGUGCCCCCAUCAGACCUGGCCAAGAGGUCAAACAAGGAGUCCUGGACGCAGUGGUCUCUAAAGAGGGGCAUGCAGACGCUGCCUGAAGCUCUACAAGAUGCACUGAUGUGCGAGAAGCAUGUUGAAGUUCACAAGAAUGUUCCAGUCAAGGGGCUCACUAGAGCUGGCAGUGGCUGGGAGAUUAAACUGGAGGAUGGUGCUGUGAAAGCAGACCAUAUUAUUUCAGCAAUCCCUGCUCAAGCCCUGGCCUCGGUGCUGCCCCCUGCUGCCAAGUCCCUUUCACAACAUCUGCGGGAGAUUGCUACGGUGUCCGUCGCACUGGUCAACCUGGAGUACGAGGGCUCCAUUCUGCCUGUCACGGGUUUCGGCCACCUGGUGCCCUCCUCAGAAGACAAAGCCCUCCUAGGUGUUGUGUACGACUCAGUACCCUUCCCGCAGCACAGCCGCCCUGGAGCGCCUUCGACCAGACUCACUGUGAUGAUGGGAGGAGCGUGGUUCCAGGAGGAGUUUGGGAAGCCAGAGGGGCUGGCAGAGCAGGAGCUCCUGGGCAGGGCAACCCGAGCGGUUCGCGCACACCUGGGGGUGACAGCGGAACCUCAGUGGAGCUACGUGACUGUGCUUAAGGACUGCAUCCCCCAGUACCAUCUUGGACACUGGAAACGUCUUGAGAGCAUUGAAAGCAGCAUCAAGCAACACAGCUUGCCUCUCACCCUGGCUGGGGCCUCCUACUAUGGCGUCUCGGUCAAUGAUGUGAUUCUCAGUGGACGCAGGGCAGCAGAGAGCCUCGUGGGAAAGGUCUAGGCUGCCAGUACAGCACUCCAACCUCUGCACAGCAGAACUGACUGAUUUACUGAAUGUCCCUCACCAAGUGAUCCUGUGACAAGCUUGCCAUGACUCCUCUUACAAGUGUUGCAUUUAAAAGAAAUACCAAAGUACCUACUUUGACCUGAUUGCAAUAGCUGCUGUUUGGUCAAGUUGUUAUGGCUUAAGAUACUCUGUCUAACUUCUGGCAGUUCCUGGUGCUCUUUGAACUAGACAGUUAUUAGUAUUAUUGUAGGUGCAUUGUUGUGUUUCCAUAGGAAAAAGCAAAAACUCAUGUCUUCUGUCAUUAUCUCAACAUGCAAAUAGAUGGUAUGUGACAAUAUCAUGCAAUUUUGUGUAUGUAAUUAGGGUAACUAAUCAUUUUUUUAUAUAAAAAAAGAACAUUUAAAGAAAGCUUCUUAUUGUUUGCAUGUCACCCUGCCUAAUUUAGAAUGCUAAUUUUUAUAUUUAGUGUUCUUGGUUAAUUAUUUUGAAUGUGUCACUACAAUGUCUGCUUAGGAGAAAAACAUGGUCAUUUGUCAUUUUUACAUUUGAAAAGCUGUAGAUAGUUUAUUUUCUGCAUUCCAGUCCUUGUCCUCUGGGAGAGGUGUCCUCUAGAUGCCAUUACUGUGGUACAGCAGUUUUCCCCCUCCAUUCAUGCUAGCAGAUGACAACCUUUUUCUCUUGGGGCAGCAUCAUGAUCGCUUUGUUAGAAACACGGCAAGCUACACUAAAUGGUCACACAUGUAAAAGUAACUAGUGGGAUAUAAUAAAAGGUAGCGGUACAGUUUUUUUUAUGGUAAAUGAUAUGACAUUUGGAGUAAAGACCAACAUAACAAAUCUAACAGGUAUUAACAGAUUUUCAAAUCGAAUCGGAAGCAUUGAGUUAAAUGUUCUUUUUCUGAAUGGGAAUUUUAAAAAAAAAAAUUCUGUAUAACAAAGUAAUUUUUGUGGUAUAAGGGUUUGUUUUAUUAAAACAACAUAA